AAUCAAGGUAUUACUCUCAUUGUCAUUGGUGGCACCAUCAAUACAACGUUAUUACCGAAUGGCCCUAAUAUCCAUGAUGUGGACUUUUUUUUAACGACAAUCUUACACCAGCUGAGUCAAGUGCCUCUCGAAGGCAGCCAAGGCAGCAUCCAAGAAGAAAACCGCACGCUCGGGCAAGAAUGGCUCAACAAUCAUACCCCAUUCUAUUCAUCCCUCCCCAUAUACGGCCUAUUCUCACGAUGGAGGCCCUUGACCAACAAGCAAUUCAUCAGAGGUUACAGCUUAUCAACGAGGCUGGAUUCUCGUUCCUUGCGUCGAAUCGAAGACCUCACAUCGAGUAUGUUUGCAGAAGCCAAGCAAAUGGGUCGUUAUACAUUUCAUUCAAGACCAUCGGAGGACAUGGUCUCCUUCAAUCUGGUAGCAAGCACAUACGACCAUAGGGUGUGGAGAACAGGGCUUCCCGUCCGCUCAGCCGUACUUAAGCCACACGCCGGUCAGUUAGUACUAUGGUGGGUGACCACAUGGGAAUCCUGA